AGCGUAAAACAGAAGUAAACAAGAAAAUGGGACGAUCUCCGUGCUGUGAUAAGGUCGGAUUGAAGAAAGGACCGUGGACUCCCGAAGAAGAUCAAAAGCUUCUAGCGUACAUCGAAGAAAAUGGUCAUGGCAGUUGGCGCGCUUUGCCUACGAAAGCUGGAUUGCAAAGAUGCGGUAAAAGUUGUAGGUUGCGUUGGACAAAUUAUCUCAGACCUGAUAUUAAAAGAGGCAAAUUCAGUCUUCAAGAAGAACAAACCAUUAUUCAGCUUCAUGCUCUACUGGGUAACAGGUGGUCGGCCAUAGCAACUCACCUGCCAAAAAGAACGGAUAACGAGAUCAAGAACUACUGGAACACUCAUUUGAAGAAGAGGUUGACUAAAAUGGGGAUUGAUCCGGUGAGUCACAAGCCAAAAAAUGAUACCCUUUUGUCUAGUGAUGGUCAGUCGAAGAGCGUGGCUAACUUGAGCCACAUGGCUCAGUGGGAGAGUGCUCGGCUUGAGGCUGAAGCCAGACUGGUCAAACAAUCAAAGCUUCAAUGCAUAAGCCCGGUUGCAAAACAACCGGGAUCAGUUGAAUCUUCGUCGACCUCUUUUAAGUUGUUAGCGCCAGCAUCAGGGCCACCUACUAAAUGUCUUGAUGUAUUAAAGGCAUGGAACAGAGUUUGUGGAAACAAGCAUAAUGAUGUCGGUGGUGGAAAUGGAGGUGGAGAUCUGGAAUCACCAACUUCCACAAUUUCCACCACCGGAGCUGGAGAGAGCUCCACUAAUUUUUUUGAGUUCGUCGGCGGCAAUUCGUCGGGAUCUUGCGAUGAUGGAACCACAGGCGAAGAAUGCGAAGAUGAAUGGGAAUACAAGGAUGAAAAUCAAUUAGAGAAUUCUGUUCCCAUAACUUCCGCAUUCAACGGACUUAACAUGCCGUCCAUAGAUAAUGCUUGGACCAUUGAUUCAUCAAAGUCCGACAACAGCAAUAACAACAAUAAUGAGCAUGUGCCCGGUGGCAAUUUCUUAGAGAGUUUUACAGAUCUUCUAUUGAGCAGUUCAAGCACUAGUAAUCGCGGCAGUGAUUUAAACACCAGCCUCGAACCUAAUGGAGUCACGAACAGUUACCACGAGGACAAUAACAAGAAUUACUGGAAUAACAUUCUUAAUUUGGUGAAUUCUUCGCUACAAGAUCCACCUCUGUUCUAGAUAAACCGUCUCUCUCGCAUUUUUUUUUUGUUCCUUUUUUCCGACCAAAAGCAGUCGUUGGAAGGCUUGCAAGUGUGUUGUAAGAAAAAAAAACGUGUCGAUGUUUAGGGUUUCCUGCUUUGUCAAUAGUUUCACUUUGUAAUAGCUCAAACUCCUACCAUUCAGUAUGUAAACAGUGCUUCUACUAGAUCUGAUUUCUAAGGUCCUUCAUCAAAACCCUGUUGUAGAGCUCA